GUAUGGUUGUUUGGGAUGCAGUAUGAUGAUGAAGGAGCAGACACUCGUCCACUACCAUGUAGGAGAAGUUUGCGGGCCGCUUCAGGAGGUGGAAGGAAAAGACUUGGUCCGAAAACAGCAAUUAUGUUGCCGAAUUCGAAGACCACGAUGUUGACCUCGGGUAGUACAGUAGGUAGUAGUACAAGUAGUUCUGCAUCUACUUCUUCUGAUUAUAGGGUGAGAAGUACGGCACUUCCAGUUCCACCUACUCCUAGUCCGUCAGCUACUGGGUCUGGAGGAACAAGUAGUUCUUCGACUUCUGGCAUGACUUUAUUGACACACGACACGGACACAGCACAUGACAACUCAUUAAUGCCCACCACAAGCGCAAUUGACAAGUUCAACAAGGUAACCGAUCUCACUCCUAUCUUGAAGGGAAUUUUUCAGAGAAACGAUCGCGUCACAAAUAAAAGCAAGCAUACCAAGAGGACAUCAGCAAAGUCAAACAAACAGAACAGCAAAAUACAUCGUAAUGAUGUCCUACCUCCCUUUAAUAAAGGACAACUACAUGCACAGGAGGGUCAGGGACAACCUCCCUUUAGAGGUCACGGACAGAGGACGACUGCUGCUAGUUGCCUUGAAGAAAUGGAC